AGAGGAGAGUGGUAUGAAGAACGCAGUGGAAGUGUCAGAAAAUAUUUAUAUAAAUAUCCUGACUGCAGCCUGAACAUUGACAAACUGUCACACAAACUCUCUGGUGUUUAUCACUUCCGGUUUCACACAAGCCAACACAGGAGGUGGAUAUCAGGCACAUCAGGGGUCACUCUCUCUGUCACAGGCCUGCAGGUGAAGGAGGAUGUUGUUUCAGGGAAACAAAAUCAGAUUAAAUUGACCUGCAGCACCUCCUGCAGCGUGGGCUCCCAUUAUGCCUGGAACAAGAACGGACAGCUCCUACAAGACAAAACCACAUCCUCCAUACUACUGGACUCAUCUAGACCUUCUGAAGUUGGCAGUUACUCCUGUGCUGUAGGUUAUGAGAGUCAGCGCUCCCCUGCAGUGUCUCUGCAGGUUCUGAUCACUCCUACUUCAGUGAAAGAGAGAGACAGAGUGACCCUUACCUGUAUUACUACCUGUAGACUGAGUAGUGACCCCACCUUCAUCUGGUACAAGAAUGGGCAGCCUGUGACCUCUAAACACACAACCAGAGACAACAAGCUGCAUCUAAACCCAGUCAGCAGUGAGGAUGCAGGCAGUUACUCCUGUGCUGUUAGAGGACAUGAGAGUCUCCCUUCAAAGGCCGUGUUUCUCAACGUCAAAUAUCUGCAGGUGUUGAUAACUCCAGAAGCAGUGAAAGAGGGAGACAGUGUGUCACUCACCUGUGAUACUACCUGCAUUCUGACCAACCCCGCCUUCAUCUGGUACAAGAAUGGGCAGCCUGUGACCUAUCAACACACAACCAGAGACAACAAGCUGCAUCUAAACCCAGUCAGCAGUGAAGAUGCAGGCAGUUACUCCUGUGCUGUAAAAGGAGAUGAGAGUCUCUCUUCAACCGCUGUCUUUCUUAACAUUAAAUACUCACCAAGGAAUGUCUCAGUGUCUAUCAGUCCCGGUGGAAUAGAGGCAGGCAGUCCAGUGAUUCUGACCUGCAGCAGUGAUGCCAACCCACCAGUGCACACCUACACCUGGUACAUGAGGAAUGGAGCUGAAUCUCUUGCUAGGGGCACAGGGGAGAGCAUCAGCUUCAAUCUGACCUCUGAUACCUGUGGACUUUACUACUGUGAAGCACAGAAUGAAGUGGGCUCAACAAACUCUGAUGCAGUCACAGUUGUGACGGAAGCCCCUCUGCUUAAAGGCAUCAACUGA